AUUUAACACAAAAUGUGUCUGCAACAUUGGCAGCGCUGAGCUGGACAUGGACCGCAUUGGAGUAGUAGUGAUAUUUCAGGGGGAUUUGCGAAAACUCAGCGUCAGGAGCUGCCUGUGGAUUUUCCUGAGCUCUGCGUUUCUCCAGUUUGCCUUUCCAGUUUCCACACUUUUGCGCAAAGCGGAAAAGCGCGUUUCAGUGUCGCUGUCAAACUGUUAUUUCCUUAAAAUACUGCAUAUUUAAUGCGUCUGCGUAUUUCCUGAUUUUUGUUAUGUAUCCGAUAAAAAAACAAUGAAUAUGCAAAAAAAUGUAUAUACGGCAAAAACGUCUCUCUGGCUCUUUAAGUGGGCUGCCCGCUGGAGCAUCUGCUGAUGGUUUGUAUGCGAAUCCGCCUGCGCCGAUCGCCCUGCGCCCCGGUCCGUCCGAUUGGGUCGCGGCGAGGCGUAGCUCCAGCCCCCUCUCGCUAACGAUGCUGCAGCCUGUCACACAGAGAGCACAUUAGGAUGGCUGGAUGCCGGGAAAAGUUCAAAUUUCGCCCUCAAAAAUAAGGAUCGCUGUUUCUGACCAGCCAGUUUUAGGAGACAGCAUUUGAUCCAAAUGCUGUUGUGGUUUCAGCAGAAGAUUUUAAAAUAAGCCAGUUCAUGCGGAAAGCGCCGAUGGCAUGCCGUCACUGUUCGCUGUCGCACCAGACAGUCGCGGCAUCUCCCGGAUCGCCGGAGUGGGGCUGCGCCCCUGGCGCUGCCUUCUGCUGACCCCGGCAACCGAAAUCCAGAUAAGCGGGGACCCUGCGGGCGGAGUGCGGCCCCAUUACGUUGCUGCAGAGCAGCUCUGCUGAAGAAUAUGUCGUUGAUGGGAAGAUCGACUUCAGAUAGUAUCGGGCCCCUAGGCGGCCUCCCGGCGGACAGCUGGAUGUCUCACCUGCCGUCUGCGCUGUGGGACAUGCCUCUCUGCAACUUGGCUAUCCCAGGUAGCCACAACACAAUAACUUACUGUCUGGAUAAAAACGACAGGUCUCCAGUCGACCUGGCACAGCCCGAUGUUCUUCAGACGCUGGACAAGUACAUGAAACCCCUGAUUCGCCCAUUUGUGUACAGGUGGGCGAUGGCGCAGGAAACCAGUGUGAAGGAGCAGCUGGAUUGUGGGGUGAGGUACUGUGACCUCAGGAUCGCUCGGCGACCCAACGACAGCUCGACGCACCUGUACUUCUACCACGGCGUCUACACCACAGUGACUGUAGAGGCUGUCCUGAAGGAGAUCAGAGAGUGGCUGGACAUGCAUCCUAAGGAGGUGGUCAUCUUGUCCUUCAGUCACUUCCUGGAGCUCAACCUGGACUUUCACAACCUUCUGAUUCAGACCAUAAAAGACGUGUUUGUCUCAAAACUGUGCCCAAAAACGGAACCCAUAACUCUGCGGAACCUCUGGCAGCUGGGUUACCAGGUGAUCGUCUCCUACGAGCACAACAUUAAAAACGUACACAAUGAGCUCUGGUCCCACAUCCCCUACUGGUGGGCCAACAAGUGCAAAGCAGAAGCUCUAAUUGAGGAGUUUGAGAAGCGAAGGAAACAGCAGGAUCGCCCAGGGGGCUUCUAUGUAACCGGCAUUAACCUCACAGAAGACCUGAAGUACAUCUUCUCGCACCCUACUGAGUCCUUGAAGGACCUGGUGAUGUCCACCUACCCGGUGCUGCUGGAGUGGGUCAAGGGCUUAUGUCCUGGGUCCAAUCCUGGCUCCAUCAACAUCAUAGCAGGGGACUUUGUGACAGAGAGUCACCUGGUGCCAACAGUCAUUGCACUGAAUGAGAAACUGCUCAACCGGAUUUAAUGGCCAGGCUGUUCUGAAUCAUUCAGUGUUUCCAUCUGUCAAUAAACAUUUAGUGUAUCCUUUAAAGAUCAAAUCCAAAUAGGACACAUAAGAUGCCCCCCCAAAAGUCAUGGGAUGGAUUGCAAAUUGAAGCAAGGCCACGACCGUCUUCUAGAGUGCAGAUUUCGAACACCCACCACAAUGACAUACAUUGUCUGUGCUCAGUUACAUGCUAAUGGGAAUGAUUGGCUGUUCAUAACUAAUGGAACUCCAUGACUUUUGAUAGGCUUACAGAUUUGCAGGACAAGGUUUUGCUGACAGAUUUUGCACAGGGCACACAUAAGAUUAAAGUAAUGUAUGACAACGCACAAGACAGUGUUAUGAAGCACAAAUGCAUAUUUAGGAAGUGUUGCUGGGUGUUAAUGGCAUGAAUCAUAUUUAAAACCUUAGUAACGCAUAUUCUGAACAAAACUAAGAUUCCUCUUCUUAACAUACCUACAGGAAAAAUAAAUUUAAGCAUCCAACUAGCUAAAGAAUAUAUAUCAACUUAAAACUCGUGGAAAAAUUGGUUAAAUUUUGGCUUUGGCAGAUAUUUAGGUUAUAAAUCCUUGCAUGAAAAUACAGUCUUAUCCUUGUAACAACACAGUAAAUAUCCACUGCAUACUGCCUAGGUUAAUAAAGCAUGUCUAGUUUAUUCAUUUCGUACAAAUAAUUUUAGGGUAGGGUAUGAUUGACCGCCGUCUGUUAUGGUCAGGACUGCAGGAUCUACACGUGACCCCUGACGUACUUGAAUAUAGUUUGGGUCUGAGGUGUUGAGAGACCGUUUUUAGAACUACUGUCUGUAAGUAGGUUUUUUAAUGUUGUUAUACUGCGCGAAGUGUUUGCGGUCUGGUGAUUUGGCGACGCUAAUGUGUGGGUCGUUAGAGUGGGCUGUUGUUUUUCGGCGCCCUGAAAUAAUUAAGGUAAGCACAUUUGUACUGGUCUCUACCGCAAACAUUAUUUUUAUGAUGUUCUGCUCAUUUGAUAGGAAAAUGAAAGCGUGCAAUUAAUAGUUUCUCAGAUCAUCCCAGGCUAACUAUUAGCCAUACCUGACUAACUGAAGCCUGCAAAAACAAACUACGUGUUUCUCAACCAAAAAACGAAUUGCAAUAUCAAUUUUCUAAUUUUCCUGUGCGUGCUGGAUUGUAUAUUGUAUUUCAGCAAGCCUCCGUAGUUAAUUGGGUCUAUCUGAAUAAAACAUAAAUGUGAUGAUACUUUUUUUAUUUUUAAGGAGGUAUGUUUGUAGAUGCACAAAUAACACUUGAGUUUUGGUUCUUUAGAAAUGCAUUAUAAAAUUAAUUUGUAUUUAAAUGUUUUUGUCUAAAUCUAUUUGACUAGACCCUCCGAGGGUGGUGUCCUUUUCAUGCGUCUUAGGGUACGAUGCUGACAGUGCAUCUAAGGUCCAUACACAUCAACGCGCUCACCCACUGGGGGUAAUUCAGCGUCGUCGGUCAGCCUAAAUGCGCGUUUUUGGACGUCACAGGAAGAACACUGCCCGCUGAGCCGCUCCCGAAGCAAUGUCUAAAAACACACAGCACUGGAAUUUUUUCAUUAUUCACCAACCUUACAUUUUAGCCAUUUCGUUUAUAUUUAUUGCAAUGCUCUCUUGAAAUAAUUUAUGUUUUAACUAUAAUAAAUGCACUAAAGUCUUACGAAUGAUCACUGAAUGGUUACGUAUCAUCUGCAGUGAAUGUGCCUUUUUCUAGUGUUGCAA